AUGAAAGUUGUUGAAAUUAUUAAUUUAGAUGGAUUUACAAUGGAUCCAGAUACUUUGAAUUUUAUGGCAGUAAUGGAUUAUGCGAAUAAAGGGAAUUUAAGAGGAAAUUUAACAAAAGUAAUUAAAAAUAAUUGGAAACAAAAAUUAUACAUUUUGUAUAAAAUCAUUUUUGGGCUCUAUAAAUUACAUGAACAAAAUCUAUUUCAUGAUAAAGAGAGUGAAGAAAAUGAAGUAGGUGAAGAAGAUGAAGUAAGUGAAGAAGAUGAAGAAAGUGAAGAAGAUGAAGAAAGUGGAAAAAGUGAAGUACAUGAAAAAGAUGAAGAAAGUAAAGAAAAUGAAGAAACUGAAAAAGAUGUAGUUUAUAUCAGUGAUUUAGGAUUAUGUAGACCUGUAAAAUCUUCUUUAAAAAAAGAUGAUAUUUUUGGAGUUAUACCAUUUAUGGCACCUGAAGUUUUAAGAGUUUCACCAUUUAAUGAUAAAGCACAUGAUAUACAACUUGGUUUAAAUAUUUGUAGAGGUGAACGUCCUGAGAUUAUUGAAAAUACUCCAUAA